GAAACAUCUGGGGCCGAAAUAACAUCUGCUUGCACAGGACUCUGCAGGACCUGUUACACUAACUAAUGCUUCUGUAUUUCCAGGUUUGAGUUUGGAUUUGCUUUGGAAGUUACAGAGCAGUUGCUGCCUCGUUCGACCUACAUGCAACUUUUAACAUAGCAAUAUUAUUACAAACAGGAAAAAAAAAAGGAGACACAUAUCUCCGUACCUAACAGGAAACGGGUAAGGAGACUUCGCUCUGAAAUAACUGAUAAACAAGUGUGAAGCAUGAGGAUCAACUCUGCUGUUCAGGCUGCUAUUGACCUCACAGCAGGUGCUGCAGGUGGGACAGCCUGUGUGGUGACUGGCCAGCCCUUUGACACUGCAAAGGUGAAGAUGCAGACAUUCCCCAACAUGUACAAAGGACUUGUUGACUGUUUUGUCAAAACCUAUAAGCAAGUGGGAUUUCGAGGCUUCUACAAGGGAACCACACCAGCACUUGUAGCCAACAUUGCAGAGAACUCCGUUCUGUUCAUGUGCUAUGGAUUUUGCCAACAAAUUGUGAGAAGAAUUGUUGGAGUAGACAGGAAAACAAAGCUCAGCGAUCUCCAGAAUGCUGCUGCAGGCUCCUUCGCCUCUGCCUUUGCCACCCUUGUCCUCUGUCCCACAGAGCUGGUGAAGUGCCGGCUACAAGCCAUGCAUGAAAUGCAGUUGUCAGGAAAGAUAAUCCAGGGACACACUACAGUUUGGUCAGUAGUGAAGGGUGUUAUCCAAAAGGAUGGGCCCCUUGGAUUUUAUCGUGGCCUGUCAAGCACUUUGCUGCGGGAAGUCCCAGGCUAUUUCUUCUUCUUUGGAGGGUAUGAACUGAGCCGGACAUUCUUUGCCUCUGGGAGAUCAAAAGACGAAUUAGGUCCCAUUCCUUUGUUACUAAGUGGAGGUUUUGGAGGCAGCUGUCUGUGGAUUGCUGUGUAUCCUGUGGAUUGUGUCAAAUCUAGAAUUCAGGUUCUUUCAAUGGCUGGAAAACAGGCAGGCUUUAUGGGAACGUUUGUAACUGUUGUGAGAACUGAAGGUGUGCUUGCCUUGUAUUCUGGACUAACACCAACUAUGAUCCGUGCAUUCGUGGCCAAUGGGGCACUGUUCCUUGCCUAUGAGUACAGCCGGAAACUUAUGAUGAAACAAAUAGAUUCUUACUGAGACUGUCUAGCAGACAAAGAGCGAGAGAUUGUUAAAGUGUCAUUUAAAUAAAUGAUGAAAAACACAUAGAUCACAUGAUGGUCUGAGCAGAACCAAAUCAGCGACCUAAUUUUAGGAACUCAAUUCCAGUUUAAGAUUUGUAAUCUUUUAAAAUCAGGUGAUUUUAUGGAGGUGUGUACAUGUUGCUUGAAUUGCACAAGCAGAACUAUCUCCCUCUUGCAGAUUCUGCACUAGGUACACUGCAUGUCAUAAAUGUCUUUCCUGACCUGUAAUGGUGCUAAAAAUAUUUACACUGACCUGUGGGGUUUAAUGUAACAUGCAAGAGUAGGUUGUGAUUUGUCUACAGCAAAGCACUGGUUUUAAAACUGUGCUGCAGUUGUGACCCUUCACAGCUGUUGUCAAUGUCAACUCAAAAUAAUGUCAGUUCUUGCUGAGUUUAGAUGACUUGGAUGUACCCCUCACCUAGGGACACCUUUCCUUUUCCAGCUAUAUCCCUGUCCUGCUCCCUGCUGCUCUGUGACUUGCAAAGGUCAUGGCAGAGGGUGUCUGACUUACAUACUCUUUCCUACUUUUAUAAACUCAUUCACUAAGAGACAUUUACCCCUUACCUUAUAUGCGACUUAGAGCCUGAGAUAUGCCUACAUUUUUGAUAAAAGAAGCACAGUAACAACAUUAAGGAGGCUAUGCUGCACUGUAUUGUUUUCUAAAUCCCUUAAAGGAGUGGUAGAGUAUGCUAAGCACCACUUACUAUAAGGGAGGGACACUGCUGGAAAUAGCUGCUGCCUCUGAGCACAGCAUUUUGUGCAGGCACCAGUUCAGGUCACCUUGACAUGAAUGAGGCCACAUGCUAGAAGGACAGGAAGCUGAAGAGGAACAGAAAGCCAGAUCUGAGUGGCUAACUGACACCAUGGUCUCUGGUGUAGCAGUCUUACUGGGGCUGGAGUUUUGCCACUUGCUGUGCCUCUUCAGCUGAGUGGAAAAAGCUCAUAUGACUUGUACAACCUUCAGCCCUGGAGGGCAUGGCCUGCUUGGUCAUGUUACUUGAUUAAAUAUGCAGUUAGUCAGUAUUACCCAAAAUGAUGCAGUGACACCUCUUUUCAGAUACCACUUUUGUUCUUCAAGUAGAAUGCUCUUUGUAUAAGCAUGCUCUGCUUUGUAAGAAACAGCUACUCGACUGGAAUAAGUUGAGCAGGUCUUAGCACAAACUUGUCCUGGAGCUGUACAGAGAUGCUGCCUGAGUGCUCUAAGUGCAGCCCACCAGUCUGCUGGCAGUGGGGGCACAGACAGAGCCCUUUAACUCACUGAGAUCAUCAGCUACACGGAGAUUAACAGCUUGUCACAGCAACCACAUUUGUUAGUGACAGACAGCAGUCAGAGCUGGAACAACCUAGUUUUGCAGGUUACAGCUUCCCUUUCAGAUCCCGGAAAUAGGAACAAGCUUUAGGCAUAAAUGAAAUAACCUCAAUACCUGCUGCCUCUUGCAGUGGAGCCAGGGUGCACUUAAACUGGCUCAUUCCUUGCAUUUUUGUAGCCUCUUUGAUGGAAGGUGGUUGCUGCAGUUCCACAAAGUCUUCUUGCUCCUCCAGCCUCCAAGUGCAGAAAGAACAAUUCAUCUCCCUUUCAUACACCAUGAGAAAAGGCAGUUAAAGCAGGGCAUAGAAGAAUCUUCAGUGUCUAUUGCACCAGUACACCUUCACUGACUGGUAUACUAGGGGCAGCAUUACUCCAUUACCAAUAUUUAAAAGGAAUUUAUACCAAAUGUUUAAAUGAUUCAGGUAGGAGGAUGAGGCUUUAAGAGUUGUUAGAUUUCCCUUCUUUUCAAAGUUGUCUAGCUAAGAGAAAUAGUAUAUUUGUACAUGUUUCUAAUAGUUAUGAAAAGGUGAGGACAGACUCCACCUCAGUGGAAUACUUCAAUCUAUUUCUUAGAUUUGCCUUUGCUUUCAUUUUUUAAAGCUCAUGGUUGCAGUUUUUAAUACAAAAAUUGAAGCUUCAAGAGAAGCAGGGUAUUUAAAACAACCUACAGCAAGAAGCUGGUGGUAUUUUUGAGAGUUUACCUUCUGAAGUUGAUGUAAACAGUAGUUUUUCCAUUCAGAGCUGCUUAAGCUGUACACGUGUAUCAGUUGUUCAGCUAAAAACUUCAUAAUGUUGGUACAGGAAUUCACAGAAAUAAAGUUCCAUUUGAUUAACUGAGUACCUGAUGACUGCUUACAUCAUUUAACAAGCUCAUCUAGCUGAGAAACAAAAAGGUUGAAUUCAGCAUCACCACCUCUCUGGAAUGAAAGAAAAAGACUUUAUACAAUCAAUGAAUGUAAAAUGCCCUCAAAACUGAGGGGAAGGGGGCAGCUAGAGUAAGGUGUUGUGAAACAACUGCUGAUUUUACAUCUAUGAAAAUGAAACCCAUAGUUCAGCACUUGGCCUGUUGCUUUGUAGUAUCAGUGUCAGUUUUAAUAUUAAGGUUUACCUUGAAUUCCAAGAGUCUAGAUUACCACGGUGCAGGCUAGAAGUUUUCUGUCAGAAGAAUGCUGGGAGUCAUGCAUAGGUCACCUAAAUUUCACAUAUACAAGGGACAAAUGUCCACUACCCUGUGAAGGUCAGUGGAACAGGGAGGCAGGGCCUAUUGUUAUCCUCUUCUGAGCUGUGGAGCCCAGAUCUCCCAAGAGAAACAUAGUAUAUCCCAUGUAAAGCAAUUUUGUUCCUCAUUCCUGCUUACACAUUAGUUUUUACUUAACUGCAUGUGCCUCAGCUAGAAAAAUCUGACCGCUGUUACAGCCUCUGCUGCUGCUAUCUGGGGAAACUGGCUUACUCCCUAAGCAGGAUGAUGGGUCACCUUGGUGCCCUGCCAACUGUACAAAAGUGCAUCCUAGGACAGUGAUACCCAACUGCCUGAGCUAAGCCAAAAUGAACUUGGCCAUCAGCCACUUGUAGCUGCAAUAAAAGGGCAUCCUUUUUUAGCCCCUAGCCACAUUCACGUGAACAGUGAGGUAAAUAUAUAGCAACAGUAGUAGCUGAGCUCACACAUGGUGUACUUCUUACUACACAACUACCUUCAAGUAAGCACAGGGUAGGUAUAUGACCUCUCUGCUUAUUUCAUUAACUGGAAAGCUAUGUCACCUCCCUUCCACUUUUUUGUUCCAAACAAAAAAAAAAGACUAAUGAAACAGCAAAACCAAGAAGCCAACACCUCAGCAGAUUUCACACAAAUGAAGGCACAGUCUCCACAGAAGAGCUGCACUGCUGAGAACAGCUGGAAGUAGAAUAAGCAUCCUGAAAGUCUGUGCAUUACAGGUCUUAGUGCAACUCAAGAGGAGCCAGUGAGCAUUUGCACUAUUUGCUCAAAUGAGCAGGUGCACAGAUCAAACCCCUCAUAUGCAGGCAUUAAGGCAGCCACACUAACCAAUCCCAGGCAGCUGGAAUGUUUAGGAGCUGAUGAGAACCAGACUUAAGCCUUAGGGCAAGUGGCUAUUGCAGCCCUUUGUGGGGAGGUACAGCAGCAGAAAAGCAGCAGUGCAGCCUCCAACCUCUCCAGGCAGCUCCCAGGCCAGGUGUUGCUCAAUGCCCUACAUAACUCAUUACUGAUGAUGACCAUUUCAAUACCAAGGCUUCUGCUCAAGAAGCAACAAUCCAACAGAGGGAGAUUAAUAUUUCUCCCUCAAAAUUCCCAUAUUCUACACAUCUGUGGAAAACCCCAGUGUUGACAGAGUCAUGUCAGGUUUUUCCAGUCUCAUGCAGAUUUCUGGUCUUCAUCCACCAUCAUGUCAA